AACAUUACAUUGGUUCUUUGAUGGUAUAAACAAAUCUUACAUAUUCAUUACUUUUUAAUUGCACUAUAACAUUAACAAUGUAAUUCUAAACUACAAACGUAAUAUAACGAAACGUAAGAUGCAAUUUGAAAAAGUUUUUCCUCAAGUUUUCCCGGGCAGUAUAAAGUUUUACUGCAUAGGGAAAGAUGGCAGCAGCAUGAGCUUUUGGUCACUUAAGUCUAUUCGUACAUAAGCAAAUUUCAGAAACUUACAUAAUUUAACAGCAAAACAUCUAUAAAGCAAAUUGAAAAUUGUUAUUAUAAAAUUAUUUAUUAAUAGUUGAUUUAAAAAGCAAGGACAACUUAUGAGAUCAAUAUCUACUUCGUACACAUGUAUUGUAACAGAUGGCAGCGUGAUGCAAAAUUAGGUCGAAGGACCCGCACGAAAAGAGAAAUCAGGAAACAGCCCGCAUUUUGAAAUACUUUCUCAAAUAAAAGGCAUAAAUGAUACCAAUUGCCGCAAAUGCAGUUAGUUAUUCGACGAGAGAACCUUGUGAAAAGUUAUGAUUUGGUCCUUGAAAUUAAUUUGUUGUACAAUAUUCAUCCAGAACAGUGCGUAUGGAUUUCCUGCGUAUGUUCCAGAGUGGAAUAAUUAUCCAUCUUCAGGGUGGAAUCCUUCAGAUUGGAUGUAUAACUAUGGAGCACCUUCCGUUAAUGAUCACCAUUUUGAACACGAUCAUGAUCACGAUCACGAAAAGGAUCACCAUCACGUUAACCAGCAGCAAAUUAUAAUUCAUGAUUCCGUACCAACAACAUUAACGGCUAAGGAGAGUUACCGUGAUAGUAAUGGUAACGUUAUCCAAGAUAUGAUAACCCAUAUUACCACGACAGGAUUCGACUACUCCAAUGAGUCUAUACCGGAUGAUAACGCCGUCACCGUAAAGAAAAUUAAAAGAAAUCAGCCGAUGUUCAAAACCAAAUCAACUAAUAACAAGAAAAACCGCAUGAAAAAUACAAAGAGGAAUAACGGUAAAAGAAAGAGGAUUAACAGUUCAAAUACAAAAAAGUCCUCACCUCUAAAACAAAGAAGAAAAACAACCUCUACAAGUUCGAAAAGAAAACUGAGCGACAUUAAUAAAAAGCUUUAUAGAAGUCGAAAUCGCUUUUGUGAAUUCGAUGAACUGUGCAGGUACCAGCAGUUACAACCCAUAAGAAGGAGACCAUAUUUCGAUUACGAUUACUACAAUUCGUUACCAUUUCGAUACAAUAGAUUCCGUUACAGGGAUCCUUUGCCUUACAACUCACAAUUGGAAGACGACGACUAUUACGAUUACAUAGAGAAUUUAAACAAAGACAGUGAUCAAAGACCAGCUAAGCAACAAACAAGUUCAGAAUCCAAUUCUGACGAAACAAUUGAAAGCUCUUCUACAACAACUGAACAAUCUACCACGUCAACAGACAUGUCAACCACAACAGUUUCAACAACAACUAAUAAUGCCACAGGGUACGGUUAUGGUCCAAGUAAUGGGAACGAAAAUAUUUCCACACGAAUCCUGACGAUACGGAAAUUGGUGGUUGUUUGACAGAGCAAUAUAUACAUACAUAGCCAUGAGUGCAGAGACCCAAGAACGGUGGGAGCAGGGUGUCUGUCAGAUCUAUGCAUAAUUUCGCCCCUUCGAUGAGGGCACAGACCCAGACCAGGUGUUCAAUGCAUCGUUCAUGCAUUCGCCAAGUAUAACGACAAAGGGGUAGUAGUAAAUAAGCACGCGCAGAUGUACGAACAUUAUAAACAUGUAUAUGUACAUAUAUAUAUAUAUAUAUACACACUUAUUUGUACAUAUAAUAUAUAGUUUCGGCGAGAAUGCUGAAUAUGGAGCUGUAUAGGUACCU